UCUCCUCCCUCUCUCGCUCCUCCCUCUCUCCCUCCCCCUCUGUCUCUUCUCUCUCUCCCUCCCUCUCUAGACGGCCGAACACCACUCGAACCGCAAUGGCGCCUCCCCGCGGAGAUACUGCUGCGGCUGCUUCCGCCUCACUAGACCUGACCGGCGUGCACAUUCUCGAAGCUUCCAUGCCCCCUCCGCUUCCCGAAUGCGGCGGCAAUGCGGCUGAAAGGAAGGAGGAGGGUGAUAAGAAUAGGAAGAAGGAGAAGGCCGAGACACAGCGGAUCACCGGUUGGGGGCUCCGCGAGUACAGCAAGAUAGUUUGUGAGAAAGUUGAGGCCAAAGGGAGAACGACAUACAAUGAGGUCGCAGACGAAGUUUAUUCAGAGCUGAAGUCCAUGGCACAUAUUGGUCAAGGGUUUGAGGAGAAGAAUGUUAGGCGGAGAGUGUAUGAUGCUUUCAACGUUCUCAUUGCACUUCGUGUUAUUGCAAAAGAAAAAAAGGAGAUAAAAUGGAUGGGCCUUUCAAAUUACAGAUAUGAAACAAUAAAGAAGUUGGAGGAAGUUCGCAAAGAACUCAACAACAGGAUUAAGAACAAGAAGAAACUCCUCAAGGAAAUUGGAAAACAGUUUGAUGACCUCCAGAAUAUCAAGUUACGUAACCAGACACUGCAGAGCUCAGCAGAGAAUGCUAAUGGUAUCCAACUUCCAUUCUUAUUGGUCAAGACGUCUAGAAAAGCUAGUGUGGAAAUUGAGAUUUCAGAAGACUCAAAGUUUGCCCGUUUCGAGGUCACCGGUGCACCAUUCACGUUGCAUGACGAUUUGUCAAUACUUGAAGGGAUGAGGCAUAACAGCAUAGCAAGAGCUGACCUCGGCACCCUUCAUUAGAGACUCGAGCUUGUGAUAGAGCAAUUGAAGUGUCAGAACUGGCAUAACCAAUUUCUCUUGCAUAGUUAGAUAUAGCUAUCUUUACUAUGAAAACUUGACCUAGUUUAUAGGCCAAUCUCUCAGGCUUGAGAAGAUUUUAACCUGCAAAUUUUGUCUCCUUUUUGGUCUAGCAGGUUAUUAGGUCUAAGAUAGAUGAUUCUUAUCAUAUAUGCUGCUAUGUAUAAACUUGAGAACAGCUUUAAUUCCGAAGCCUGCACACAAGCUUCGUUGAUUAUCAUUGAUGAUCAAUUUGUCCUGA